GCUUCUUCUUUACCCAUUAAACGACGCCACGCGCACCGCAUAGAAGUCUAAAGUUUCGAGAAAAGAAAACCGUCUGUUCUCAAGGCAAGGAAGACAGAGAACACAGAGAGAUCGUCUCGUUUCCUUGCUUUUGUUCUUUUGAACAGAGCCUUUUUGUCAAUUUUACGGUUCCUAUUUCUUAUAUAAUUGCUUAAAACGAUCGGGACUCCUUCCAAGCAAUGUUCAAGUUCUGGAGUUCUCAGGAGCAGCAAACUCAGCCACAGCCACAAAAUGCUCCUUCACAAUCUUGGUACCCUCCAUCUGUAGUGAGCUCCCCUAAUUCCUCUCGCCCUGUAACACCAAGUAGUAGCUCUUCUAGUAACUAUGUGCAGCGGCCUACAGAUCGACCACAGUCUCCUUCACAUGUGUCACCUUCUGAAGCAGCUGGUGUUAUUGCCCUUUUGAAGGAUAAAAGUGUUGAUGAGCUUCGGAAACUGUUAUCAGACAAGGAUGCAUAUCAUCAAUUUUUACUUUCGGUUGAUCAGGUUAAAAUUCAAAAUAAUAUAAGGGAUGAACUUCGCAAAGAAACUCUACAGCUGGCUAGGGAGAACUUGGACAAGGAGCCACGCAUAAUGGAGCUAAGGAACCAGUCCAGAAUAAUACGGACUACUGAGUUGGCUGCUGCUCAGGAGAAAUUAAAUGAACUGUACAGACAGAAAGAAGAGAUUAUGAGGUCCUGCUCUCCUGUAUCCCUUCUCCAAAGGCUUCAAGAAGGAAUGAAUAAGACAGAAGAGGAAUCUGAAAGCCUGCACAGACAACUUAUUGACAGGGAGAUAGAUCUACCAGCUUUUGUACAAAAGUACAAAAAACUCCGCACAACCUACCAUAGACGUGCGCUUAUCCACCUUGCAGCUAAAACAUCAACUGGGUGACAAAGAAUUUGAAUACAAUACCUGAAUACUUAGAAAAGAUGUUUGCUUGUGUAUCAAUGUUCUUGCAAGACAAUACGCUUUUGACAUGUUUGUGUAUUAUAUGAUCGUACUUUUCUUAUGGUUCAA